AUACAGAGACGAUUCUUAUAAGUAUCUAAUUGAUGAUAAAAAGCGGUGACUAGCAAGUAGAGGCUACGGUCAUUCUAACCUAAACCGUAAGCAGUUGCUAAAAGGAAAUUGUAUUUUCUGUUCUGUAUUCGUUGUAUGAUAUAAUUGAAACAAAAUGCCAGAGAGCGUAAAAGUAGAGUCGAAGACGAGUAAGGAUGUCAAAAACGGAAAGGAGGAGGAUAAAAAUGAAUUGUCUGAAGAAGAUAAACUCCUGCAAGAGGAAUUAACUCACCUGGUUGAACGCCUACAAGAUCCCAAUACUAGUUUACAUCAUUCUGCUUUAGAAUCACUUCGCAAUCAUAUUCGUGCAUCUACAACUUCGAUGACCAGUGUUCCAAAGCCUCUUAAAUUUAUGCGACCUAAUUAUGAUACCAUGAAAGCUAUAUAUGAUAAGUUGACAGAUGUAAAAGCAAAAGAGCUAUGCUCCGAUGUUAUUUCUGUUCUUGCUAUGACAAUGGGCGAAGGUAGAGAAUGCUUAAAAUACAGACUCACUGGAUCUGCAAUAGCUAUUGGAGAAUGGGGACACGAAUAUGUUAGGCACUUGUCUGGUGAAUUGGCAGGAGAAUGGGAUGAGCUUUCGGAUGAUGCGGAAGCUACAAAGAAAUUAAUUGCUCUGGUACAUGAAAUUGUACCAUAUAACAUGGCUCAUAAUGCAGAAACUGAAGCCUGUGAUUUAUUAAUGGAAAUUGAAAGACUGGAUCUUUUGGAACAAUAUGUGGACGAAAGUGCAUAUCAAAGAGUUUGUUUGUACCUAACAAGUUGUGUAGCAUACGUAGCAGAUCCAGAAAAUAGUACUCUUCUUCAUGCUGCUGCUAAAUUGUAUAGAAAAUUUGGUCAGUUUCCACAAGCAGUAAGAUUGGCUAUGCAACUGAAUGACUUGCCACUCAUCGAAGAUAUAUUUACAAAAUGCACGGAUCUUUCAGUGCAAAAGCAAUUAGCAUUCAUGCUGGGAAGGCAACAGAUUUUCCUAGAAUUACCUGAAUCCUCUCCAGAGUACGAUGAUUUGGUAGAAAUAAUGUCUAACUCUAUGUUAAAUUACCACUUUUUGAAUCUGGCACGAGAAUUAGAUAUAAUGGAGCCGAAAACACCGGAGGACGUGUACAAGUCACAUUUAGAGAAUUCAAGACCAGCGUUUGGAGGUGGUCAAGUUGAUUCAGCAAGACAGAACCUCGCUGCAAGUUUCGUUAAUGGUUUUGUAAACGCAGCAUUUGGUCAGGACAAAUUAUUGAUAGAAGAUGGAAAUAGAUGGUUGUAUAAGAAUAAAGAGCACGGAAUGCUGAGUGCAACAGCGUCUCUUGGUCUUGUGUUGUUAUGGGAUGUUGACGGUGGUUUGACACCGAUAGACAAGUAUCUAUACUCCUCUGAGGAUUACAUCAAAUCUGGUGCACUGUUAGCUUGUGGUCUUGUCAAUUGUCGUGUUAGGAUCGAGUGCGAUCCCGCUUUGGCUCUUCUCUCUGAUUACGUUUUACAUAGCAGUAAUAUUAUGCGUAUCGGUGCAAUAGUUGGUCUUGGUCUGGCGUAUGCGGGCUCAAAUCGGGAAGCUGUUUUAAGUCUUUUAGUUCCAGUACUAAGCGAUCCCAAAUCUAAUUGGGAAGUGAUAGGAGUAGCAGGUCUUGCGCUUGGAAUGGUUGCCGUAGGUUCCUGCAACGCUUACGUUACUACCUCGAUAAUGCAUACUUUGAUGGAAAAAUCAGAGGCAGAUCUUAAAGACACGUAUGCACGAUUUCUACCGUUAGGUCUUGGUUUGUGCUUCUUGGGAAAACAAGAAGCGGCAGAAGCAAUCAUUGCAGCUUUAGAAAUAGUACCUGAACCUUUCAAAUCAAUGUCCACGACUCUGGUAGAAGUGUGUGCAUAUGCUGGUACUGGGAACGUUCUUAAAAUUCAACAUCUUUUGCAUAUUUGCUCCGAACAUUAUGAACCGUCUAAUGAAAAAGAGGACAAGAGCGACCGUAAGGACAAAGAUAAAAAGGAAGAAAAGAAAGAAGAUAAGGCGAAAGACCUUAGUUCUAGACAAGCAAUCGCCGUACUUGGCAUUGCUUUGAUUGCAAUGGGAGAAGAAAUUGGUGCUGAAAUGGCGUACAGAACGUUUGGUCAUUUAUUGCGUUAUUGCGAACCUGUUAUACGGCGGUCGGUCCCUCUCGCACUUGGACUUAUAUCUGUUUCUAAUCCGAAAUUGAAUAUAUUAGAUACGUUGUCGAAAUUUUCUCAUGACAGCGACCCUGAAGUAGCGCAUAAUGCAAUUUUUGCGAUGGGUUUAGUCGGAGCAGGAACGAACAAUGCUCGUCUAGCUGCAAUGUUAAGACAGCUGGCUCAAUUUCAUGCUAAAGACCCGAACAAUUUGUUCAUGGUUCGUAUUGCCCAGGGUUUAACGCAUCUUGGGAAAGGUACAUUAACGUUAUCUCCUUAUCACAGUGACAGACAAGUAUUAAGUCCUGUAGCGCUAGCUGGACUUUUAGCUACACUUAUUGGAUUCCUUGAUGUAAAAAAUAUCAUUCUUGGUCGUUCACAUUACUUGCUAUACACGUUAGCAGUAGCAAUGCAGCCAAGGAUGCUGGUGACAUUUGAUGAAAAAUUAAAUCCACUCGCUGUACCAGUAAGAGUUGGUCUUGCCGUCGACGUCGUAGGUCAAGCAGGAAAACCAAAAACCAUUACUGGUUUCCAAACUCAUACAACACCUGUUCUGCUUGCAUACGGUGAAAGAGCUGAGCUUGCGACAGAAGAAUAUAUUCCUUUAACUCCGAUUAUGGAAGGUUUUGUGAUUUUAAGGAAAAAUCCAGAUUUUGUACCUUAAGCGAAAAACAUAUUUCAUAUUAUAUAAUAAGUUCUAGUAUAAAAUAUAAUAAAAAUGAUUGUGUAUACACAA